UCCCUCUCCAGUCUCUGAAAUCUUCAAAAGAUUCGAUCUUUCUCGACCUCCAUCUGCAAAUUCUCUCUGUUUUUAUCUGCGUUCGCGUUUUGGGCUUUUUGCUGCUGUCUCGAAAGCAAAUUGAGUUAUUCACAUUUUCUUUCAAUUUCUCGAGAAAAAGAAAUGUCAGGUAAAGGCGCGAAGGGUUUGAUAAUGGGCAAAAGCCCAGCCAUCAACAAAGACAAAGACAAGGACAAGAAGAAACCUAUCUCUCGUUCUUCUCGAGCUGGACUUCAGUUCCCAGUUGGUCGAAUUCACCGUCUUUUGAAGUCAAGGGUUUCAGCUAAUGGAAGAGUUGGUGCAACAGCUGCUGUGUACUCUGCCGCUAUCUUGGAGUAUCUGACUGCAGAAGUGCUGGAGCUGGCAGGUAAUGCAAGCAAAGAUUUAAAGGUGAAGCGUAUAACACCCAGACACUUGCAACUUGCAAUUCGUGGUGACGAAGAACUCGACACCCUGAUCAAAGGAACAAUAGCCGGUGGUGGUGUGAUCCCUCACAUUCACAAGUCUCUCAUCAACAAGUCCACCAAGGACUAGUAUUCUUGUGGUUUCCAUGUAUAGUCAACUCCUCUUGGGAAAAUGGAACUCCUUUGUACAUUUUCAGAUACAUUUUAUUCAUUGAUAAUGUCCUUUGUGGGUUGGCAUACUUUUACUUCUAUUGGGAACAAUCAAAGAAUAUAUAUUUUUCAUUUCUUCGGUAGUGGUUAGAGUUUAGAAAUUAGAGGUGCUUUGUUUGGUGUGUUAUGGUUAUUAAAUGAAAGUCUUCUGUAAACUA